CGCAAAUCUCAACGCAAGGAGCGCAGGAAACCAGUCUGCCGCUCGCUGCGUCUUCCCCUGUUUAUUUUCGAUACGGGAAAUUUCUUCCAUUCGGUUUCCUCUUUGAUCGGCUGUCUCCAAAACCCUGAUCUCCGAACGCUCCGGCGUCCGAUCGAACAAAGAGACAUCCAUAAAACUGAUUCCUACGAUAAAGGGUCGCAGCGAUGGGGAAGAAGAAGAAGCGCCCGUCGAAGGUGUGGUGCUACUACUGCGAACGGGUGUUCGACGACGAGAAGAUCCUUGUCCAGCAUCAGAAGGCCAAGCACUUUAAGUGCCAUGUAUGUCACAAGAAGCUCUCCACCGCCGGUGGCAUGGCCAUCCACGUCCUCCAGGUCCACAAGGAGACGGUCACCAAAGUUCCCAAUGCCAAACCUGAUAGAGAAUCAACAGAGAUCGAGAUUUAUGGAAUGCAAGGAAUUCCUCCUCAUAUUUUAGCAGCUCACUAUGGAGAGGAUGAAGAGGUAUCAGUAAAGGCAGCUAAACUGGAAGUUCCAUCCACUGGGCUCGUUGGUGGAGUGGUUCCUGGUCCACUGGGCAUCAGAUUCCCUCCCCCAACAUUAUAUGGUUCAGUUCCACCAGUAUACAAUCCCACAAUUCCAGUGAUGCCUCCAACAUGGCCUCUUCCAGCUGCUCAACCACAGCCUUGGUUUCGACCGCCAUUGGCUGUUUCAGUACCUCCACCUGUUGUGGCACCACAACAGCCAUUAUUUCCUGUCCAGAAUGUUACGGCUCCUAUGACCUCCACUUCUGCCCCUGGACUUCAAUCACCACUUCAAGCUGGUCCACCUGGCCUGCCCUCAUCUGCACCACCUGCAGUAUCCCAACCACUAUUUCCAAUCCACAGUCCAGCUGGUGCACCUGCUCAGAGGUCUCCAUUUUUGACAACAUCUUCACUUGCAAUCAUUUCAUCAAGCUCCCCAACAAUGUUGAAAGGUGGUACGCCAUAUGCAAACUCACAUAUGUAUGCAUCUGGUCCAAACACUGAGAAUCCUUCAAUUGGACCUCCACCUGUAAUAUCCAACAAACCACCUCCUUCUAAUCCUACCACAAAUGAGGUCUACUUGUUAUGGGAUGAUGAAGCAAUGUCAAUGGAGGAAAGAAGAAUGUCUCUAGCAAAGUAUCAGGUGCAUGAUGAAACUAGCCAGGUAAGUUAUUACUACCUUUUGUUUACUCAUUCUAAUGGAUAUGCAACUUGGUUGCGAAUCCAAAUAGGUAGGGGAAAAAGAAAGAAAUCCUUGCAGAUUUUUUGGGCUAUACUUUAAUGUACUUUACAUUUGAUAACUCCAUCUGAAUCUUGAUAAUACAGUCUAUUAUGGAAUAAUUGCAUUUGUGGCUCUUCUGAGUUUUACUACUAGGCCUUUUAUCUAAUUAAUUUGUAGUUAUGACACUGGUUGAUGGGAAAAAGGAUAUUCUUCUUCAUUCCCAUCGUCUCAUUUUUAGUGGGGCAUCAAACGAUUCCAAGUAGGUAUUUACAUUAUUUUUGCUGUUAGUUAGUGUUACAAAUCUGACAAGUUUGUGCUGCAAAUGACUCGAGGGUUCUCAACCUAGCACCAGGACCAUGCAAAAAUGUAUGUAUUGUGUUCUGAUUAAGUUUUGAGUUUCUUUUAUAUGGUAUUCAUUCUCCCUAUUGCUUCUUAAUGAGCGUGGGGCUUGGGUGGAACGAGAAUAUAUGCCAGCAGGCUUUUGUCAAUACGUAGCAUUUGUUGUUAUCUGUUUUUGAUCAGUGUGGGACCAGAGUUGAUGCAGGUCAGCUUUCAUUCAGAAGCAAGUUUGCUUCCUCUUGUGCAGUUAGAUAAUUAAGCAUGAAGAGUAGCAAUAAUCUUCUGGAUGACCAUUUCCGUCGGUCUGAUUUAUUUGUUCUUGUUGUGUGUUAAAACAGAUGAGCUCCAUCGAUGCAGCUAUAGACAGAAGAAUAUCUGAGAGACGGCUUGCUGGCCGUAUGACAUUCUAGUAUUCCCCAGUGCUGGAAGUAAGUGAAGUCUCUUGCGAUUUUAGGACUUUAUCAUCAUCAAGCAGCAGUUUCAUUUUGAAUGAUGCAGUGGUGAAGUUGGUGGUGACUGACUUUGGAAGCCUGGUUGAGUUUUUUGUCGCGGCAGUGGGCAGGUGCAAAUGGUGAUGGUAGACCAUUUUAUUGAUUAAACUUAAUGAUAUGAGUUGGAUGUUAAAGUGGCAGUUAAUGUUGCUAAACAGUUUGACUGGGUUCAUAGAAGAUCUUCCUCUUGUUCCAAGUAGGGUGUUCCAUCUUAAUGUAAUCCAUUUAAAAUGAUUUUAAUUUGAUUGUGGAGUAGACAA